AGGAGGAGGAGUAAAGCGGUGAUUGUGUAAUUAAAUAAUAAAACAAUCCUUAAGUCUGAUUUGGAGAGAGCUCGAGCGGGGUCCAGAGGGUGGAACCGGUGAAUCUUUCAACUUGCAAGUUUUUCAAGGAAAGAAAGCGAGAGAGGGAGGGGGAAAAGCGCCCAGUACAGAAAAGAGGAGUUUGCAACUGAGCGGGAUCGAUCGUUUGGGAAUUUUUCAGGAGGUCCUUCCGAUCCUUUUCGUGGGCUGCGGGCAGUGGCACCGGCAGCGGCGGCGUCCACGCUCGGCGGGUCAGACGCGGGGCGCGGCGGGAGGGUGGCUGUGCAGUGGGGCCCGAGCGCAGCAAAGUCUUUUCCGCCCGGGAGCUCCGUGCUCGCGCCCCCUCCCUUACCCCGGCCUCUCCCUGCUCCCCCCCUCCCCACCCCCCACCCAGCCCUCUCUGGCGCGCGCCCCGCCACCCGCGCGCACUCGCUUGCGCUCCCCCUCGCGCACACACAUGGUCGGCUCGCGGCAAAGUUUCGCCUGCGAUCGCCACUCCCGGAUCCUGCUGCAGUGUUCACGGCGGUAACCUUGAACUUUCCCAGCGCGGUGACACAUUCUCCUCGCUUUCCCCACCGCCCGGCCUCCUGCGCCCCCCUCCCCGCCUUUUUUUUUUUUUUUAAAGCAUUUCAUCACCCACCACCACCCCAAUCCAACCUAUACUGAGCCCUCGAGCACCCCAAGCCCACAACAACAACAACAACAACAACAACAACAACAACAACUGCAAAACAGAAAACAAAUCUCCCAAACCGGGCGACCAGCAGCCUGCACCGGCGGCGGCCUUGGAGAGCUCGGCCGGCGCGCACGGACCGCAAGAGGGUUAAAACUGUAGAUUGGAUUUCACUCCGGGAAAUCUAGCACGCCGAGUGAACUUGAAUCUUUGGCUAUUUAAGGAGGACUGGGUUUGUUGCGAAGUUGCGGUGAUCCUGCACAGAACCCGGUCCUGAUUGAUCGCAUCGCGGGGCUCAGAUGACUGUAAAAUGAAUAGAUGAAAUCCUUGCUUCUCGAAGAUUUUCUUGGACAUCUCCGGGAAAGUGCGUUUUAAGGCGAAGUCAUGAUGUAUUCUCCCAUCUGUCUCACUCAGGAUGAAUUCCACCCAUUUAUUGAGGCACUCCUUCCACACGUCCGUGCAAUCGCUUAUACUUGGUUCAACCUGCAGGCUCGAAAACGCAAGUACUUUAAAAAGCAUGAGAAACGAAUGUCAAAGGAUGAGGAAAGAGCAGUCAAAGAUGAGCUGCUCAGCGAAAAGCCUGAAAUCAAACAGAAGUGGGCAUCCAGGCUCCUGGCCAAACUGCGCAAAGAUAUCCGCCAGGAAUACCGGGAGGACUUUGUGCUUACCGUGACUGGCAAGAAGCACCCGUGCUGUGUCUUAUCCAAUCCAGACCAGAAGGGUAAGAUUAGGAGGAUCGACUGCCUGCGACAGGCAGACAAAGUCUGGCGUCUGGAUCUAGUCAUGGUGAUCCUGUUCAAAGGCAUCCCUUUGGAGAGUACCGAUGGCGAGCGGCUCAUGAAGUCCCCACACUGCACAAACCCAGCACUUUGUGUCCAGCCACACCAUAUCACAGUAUCAGUUAAGGAACUUGACUUGUUUUUGGCAUACUACGUGCAGGAGCAAGAUUCUGGACAAUCAGGAAGUCCAAGCCACAAUGAUCCUGCCAAGAAUCCUCCAGGAUACCUUGAGGACAGUUUCGUAAAAUCUGGAGUCUUCAAUGUAUCAGAGCUUGUGAGAGUAUCCAGAACACCCAUAACCCAGGGAACUGGAGUCAACUUUCCAAUUGGAGAAAUUCCCAGCCAGCCAUACUAUCAUGACAUGAAUUCUGGUGUGAACCUGCAGAGGUCGCUGUCUUCUCCACCUAGCAGCAAAAGACCCAAAACUAUAUCCAUAGAUGAAAACAUGGAGCCAAGUCCUACAGGAGACUUUUAUCCAUCUCCAAAUUCACCAGCUGCUGGAAGUCGAACAUGGCAUGAAAGAGAUCAAGAUAUGUCUUCUCCAACUACAAUGAAGAAGCCUGAGAAGCCACUAUUUAGCUCUACAUCUCCACAGGAUUCUUCCCCAAGAUUGAGCACUUUCCCCCAGCACCAUCAUCCCGGAAUACCUGGAGUUGCACACAGUGUCAUCUCAACUCGAACUCCACCUCCACCCUCACCGUUGCCAUUUCCAACGCAAGCAAUCCUUCCUCCAGCCCCAUCAAGCUACUUUUCUCAUCCAACAAUCAGAUAUCCUCCUCAUCUGAAUCCUCAGGAUACUCUGAAGAACUAUGUCCCUUCUUAUGACCCAUCCAGUCCUCAAACCAGCCAGCCUAACAGCAGUGGUCAAGUAGUAGGGAAAGUGCCUGGCCAUUUCACUCCUGUCUUGGCACCCUCUCCCCAUCCCAGUGCAGUGCGACCUGUGACCCUGACCAUGACAGAUACUAAACCCAUCACUACAUCCACUGAAGGUGAGGCAGCUUCACCUACAGCAACCACCUACACAGCCUCAGGCACAUCUCAAGCCAAUCGAUAUGUGGGACUAAACCCAAGAGACCCAUCCUUCCUGCAUCAGCAACAGCUGAGGAUUUGUGACUGGACCAUGAAUCAAAACGGCAGGCAUUUAUACCCCAGUACCAGUGAGGAUACAUUGGGAAUUACUUGGCAAAGUCCUGGUACCUGGGCUAGCUUGGUUCCUUUCCAAGUGUCAAAUAGGACACCCAUCUUACCGGCAAAUGUCCAAAAUUAUGGGUUGAACAUAAUUGGAGAGCCUUUCCUUCAAGCAGAGACAAGCAACUGAGGGGAAAGAAAAACAACAAUAGAAUAAGAAAAUUAGGGGAAAAAACACUCAAAGCAAAGGAAAAGAAGAAGACUGGACGAAAGGGAGGAAGGAGAGAAACUGAAGAAAGAAGACAAUAGACCAGCAUUGCAGCACUUACAAUCACUAAUUCCCUUAAGGUUGAAACUAUAAUGACACGAAAAGGGUCGAUGAUAUCUCACUGAUGCUAGACUGCAGCCCCUGCAACGUAGCCUUUGUUACAUGAAGUCCGCUGGGAAAUAGAUGUUCUGUCUCUAUGACAAUAUAUUUUAACUGACUUUCUAGAUGCCUUAAUAUUUGCAUGAUAAGCUAGUUUUCUUGGUUAGUAUUCUUGUUGUUUACGCAUGGAGUCACUAUUCCUGGUUAUCUCACCAACGAAGGCUAGGAGGCGGCAUCAGAGGUGCUGGAGACAGAGCCAUGAGCCAGCCAUUUUAUGAGCACUCUGAUUUCUUAAAGUUAAAAAAAAAUAUAUAUUAAAUCUCUGUAGCCUUUAGUUAUCCAUACAGAUUUAUUAAAUUUUGGCCCUUAACCCAGCCUUUUUCCAGUGUGUAACCCAGUUUGAAAUCUUAAAAAAGAAAAAAAAACUGAAAAAUAGGAAAAAAAAAAAAAAAAAAAAACCAGUUUGAACUCAAAGGCUCUAUGGAAGAAAUGCCUCUAUGUGGGUAAAGUGUUACCUCUGCAUGCAACAGUAAAAUUUAAUAUAAUAUUUUCCCCACAAAAGAAACACUUAACAGAGGCAAGUGCAAUUUAUAAAUUUAUAUCUAAAGGGGAAUUGUGAUUAUAAGUCCUUUAGCCCUUGGACUCUAAAUUGAGGGGAUUAAAAAGAAUUUAAAAUAAUUUUGAGCGAAUUUAUUUUCCCCUCAGUUUUUGAGGGCAUUUAAAAA